AGUCAGCUGAUCAGCUGUUUAGCACUGUUUACAUCCGGCACUCCUUACGCAAGUUUAUAAAGUUAAAUAAAAACAAAUAAAUACGAGGUUUAAUAAUUGUAAAAAAUUACGAAUUAAAUAUGCGAAGCUCAGACGUAAAUAAAUAAAUAUAUUUUCGUUAAAGAAUAGGCUUAAAAUUCCCACAGAACCACAUACAAAAAACAUACAAAAUGCUUCCCGGAUUGUGCCGGAAUGUGGCAGGGGCAUGCCGUACAAGAAGCGUACCCAUAGUUAUUCAACAGCUUCAGAGACGCCACAUUUCGUCAGAGCCCUCUGAAAAAGUUUCCACACAUGAUCAGGCCUUCUUUACGGAAUGGAGAACCAUUUACAGCCUUCCAUCGAUCCGACUGGUGGCCGCCUUGAGUAAGCUAAAAGUCUACCAGGGAGCCUUUACAGUGGCCGGAUUACCUAUAGCAUUUGCCCUGGGACAGACUGGCCAGUUGACCACGGAUGUGUUUGGAAUUUACGCAGCAAUCGGCGUUAGUGGACUGGCCACUCUUAGUCUAGUGAGCCUGGCCGCCAGGAACCUUGUGGGCUUUAUAUACAUUAAUGAGCAGCAAGACCUGCUUAAGCUUGCCUAUGUUGAUUUUUGGGGACGACGAAAGGAGACCCUGGUGGACACAGAGGACCUGCUGCCCAACUGGGAACAGAGCACAGCAUCUCGUCUCAAGUUUGUUGUGCCCAUCAGUCUGCGGAGCGAUCCUAAACAGCGGUAUAAAUUACUGAAUCGUUUUGGCCAAGUCAGUGACCCCGAAUUAUUUGAAGGCCUUUUUGGAAGCUGAAAAUUGAAAGAAAUGAUUUGUUGUUUUCUGAAUUAAAAGAAAAAUAUUUAAA